AUGUCCAAAGAUGAGAAAACGAAUAAAGGUCAUUUUCAUUUAUUAGAUCUAAAGCAGAAGCACAAUCUAUUUGAAUCUUUUUUAAACAAGUUCGAACGUCAACUCGAACCUCCAUCGACAAAAAAAGCAACCAAAAAGAGAGCAACACCUUAUGAAAAAGGAGCAAAGACAGGAAGAGCAAGAAAAGCGCCUCAUGAACUACUGAGCGAAGAACAAAAAAAGGCAAAUCACAUUGCCUCUGAGCAGAAACGAAGAGCCAACAUCAGAAUUGGGUUUGAGCAACUUGUUCAUGUUGUGCCUGCUCUUGAUACAACUCACCGAAGUGAAGCUAUUAUACUUCAAAAAUCUGUUGAAUAUAUAAAGCGCUUAAUAGAUGAUAAAAACAAACUAAAAGAUAAAGUACGGCAAUUACAGUUGACACUUGGCCAGAUCCAGAUGUAA